UAAACUAUGAAUUACCUGGUUUGUGAUAUGGGAUAUUUCGUACAUGUAGAAGCUGUAACUUGUAUGGAAAGGAAACAGUUUAGUGACCAAUAAGUGUUUAGAUAAUUUUUUCCUGGGAAUUCAUCUUCUCUCACCCAAAAAUAUAUAUUUUUGCGGGGUUUCUCUGCAUUUCUUCAACAGGGCAGAGAGGAGGAAUCCAUUGACAUUGUGCAAUCACAAUGAAGACAUUUUUCAUUUUAUUAAAGUUAUUGCUGAUAGGGACUGCAAUAUCUAUUUUCAUCUAUUCAGCGGUGUCUUCCACUCAGUCUGUUUUGUUGCCAAUGAAUGUUAGUCUGGAGGUGAAGGAGAUUCCAGUGACCAGAGACGCACAAUGCUCUCCUCAUAAUCACAUUAUGUUCAUCAAGAUGCACAAAUGUGGUUCUUCCACUUUGCAGAACAUUUUCCUUCGUUAUGGAUACAAGAAUAAUCUCACGUUUGCUUUGCCAACAAAAGGGAAUAUAUUAGGAUAUCCCAAUGGAUUUAAGCCCAGCAUGAUUCCCGAGCGCCUUCUACCUCCUGGGGGCAAGAUAGACAUCUUUGCCCUCCACACUCGCGUCAACGUCAAGGAACAGACGAAGGUCCUGCACAAAGACACCCGCUGGAUCACCGUCCUUCGGGAGCCAGCCAGCCAGUUCGAGUCCUUCUAUAACUAUUUCAACCUGAAGAAGUAUUUUAAGAAGAAUCUGGGAGACUUCAAGAACAUCCCAGUUGCUAACAUCUCCCUUCCCAGGUACAGAGGCUUGUUCGGCAAGAACCAAAUGACCUUCGUGAUGGGUUAUCCCGACGGCAUCUCCGGCGAGCCCUUGCACCGGGCCCUUGGGGAGCUCGAGCGCCUCUUCGACCAAGUGCUGAUCUACGAGCACUGGGACGAGUCUCUGGUCCUGCUGCGCCACCUACUGUGCUGGAGCCUCCAUGACGUGGUGGCCUUCAAGAAGAACGCCCGCGGAAAGAGGAGAAAGGCCGCCGUGGAUGCCGCGCUGCGAAGGACCCUCCGGGAGCUGAACUACGCGGACGUCGAGCUCUACGAUCACUUCCUGGCCAAGCAUCGCCGACAAGUGCUUGCGUUCGGCGUCGAGAGGAUGUCCGAGGAAGUGCUCUCGCUCAAGACACUCCGGGAGGACUACAGCCGUCGGUGUGCAGCGAAGGACACGGCGAAGCGACAAGCUCCAGAGGGGGACAAGAAUGUAACUCAGGCGAAGGGGGAUGCGGACGCCAUGCCAGAAUCUUGUUAUACUCUCUCUCUCACUGAGAUACCUUUGAUAAAAGCUGUGAGGCAGAAACAGAUACGCAUGCUCAGGAACACAAAGGAACAUUGAAAUCAUGAACUGUUCAUGUUUUUAGCCUUAUGAUUCUCCAACGUAAAUCUAACGAUGUAUGUGUCAGUCAAUAUAUACUUUUUCACAAUUUGUCUUUCCUCAAAUGAAAGAUUCAUAACAAAA